AUGUCCACCAAGAGUUGGGAUGCCCGUUACACAAACCCCGCAAUUCCCCAUACUAACUCGUACUACGCCAAGUGCCUGGCUGGAGGGGCGUUGGCCUGUGGUGUCACCCACACUGCUGUCACCCCUCUUGAUGUGGUCAAGUGCAACAUGCAGGUGAAUCCGUCCAAGUAUCGUAGUCUGAUUUCGGGUAUUCGGACUAUCGCUUCUGAGGAGGGCGCGAGGAUGCUGAUCAAAGGUUGGGAGCCCACCUGCAUCGGCUACCACUUCCAGGGUAUGUUCAAGUUCGGUCUGAAUGAGGUUUUCAAGGAUCUCUACUCUAACAUGCUUGGCGAGCAGAACGCCAUUAAGUAUCGUGCAUUUGUUUGGGCGGGGGCUAGCGCUUCGGCGGAGUUCUUCGCGGACAUCGCCUUGUGUCCGAUGGAGAUGAUCAAAGUGAAGGUCCAGACGUCUCCACCGGGAACAUUCCCAACCAGUUUUGGCGCGGCCUUGGCGCAGAUGAACGCCACUAGGGCUGAGACUAGAUUCCCAUUCGGUAGCGUUGUGCCUCUGUGGUCGAGACAAAUACCAUACACUGUGGCGAAGUUUGUUGGUUUCGAAUACUGCGUGGAGAAGUUCUACCGGCACGUGUUCACCAACCCUAGGGAUACCUACUCUAAGGGGACGCAGUUGGGCAUCACUUUCGCCUCUGGGUACAUCGCGGGAGUCUUCUGCGCAAUCGUCUCGCAACCGGCCGAUAAUUUGGUGUCGCAGAUGGGCAAGGUUGAGAACCAGGGGAAGAGUUUCGGUCAGAUGGCAUCGGAGCAAGGAUUGAAGAAUCUUUUCAUGAAGGGAUUGGGUACACGUAUCAUUAUGAUUGGUACUCUCACGGGUCUCCAAUGGUACAUCUACGAUGCGUGGAAGACUAUGAUGGGCUUGGGAACGUCGGGUGGUCAAGCAGUCGCUAAGAAAUAGAGGUCUUGGGGAUCGAACCUGAGAUCUGUGGCAAGUAUCUUUUCUUCCUAUCAUGCUUCAAUAGUAAUGUCAUUU